GGUCCACCUCCUUUUCCUGUUGUCGACGAAGCAGCAGCGACCACGAUGCUGAACAACACCUCACUCCACUCGAUACCGUUGUGCGUGUGCUGGUGUGCGUACCUCUACAUGCCGGCGAUGCUGUACAUAUACGUAACCAAUAUGCAUCUUCCGCCCAUCAAGUACUGCCAACCGUAUCUCAUGACAGCCACGGGGAUCUUUUGCACGUUCUACUGCAUACUCGCACCCCUCGUCUACAUUGUCGGGGCCGACUGGCCAGCACCCGUUGCGAUCGUGUGCGGGUACAUCCUGCCGUGCCUCAUCUGUGUGUCGUUCAUUCUGAGCGCGGGGGCCGUUGUUGUCAUGUACAAGAUCACCGACCUCAUCGUACUUCACUCGCAUUUUUCGCCGGCACAAGUCAAACGACUCAGCUUUUAUCGAAAGCUCCUGUACCCCAAGGUUCAAGUCGUCGCCGUGGCUGCAUGCGGCGCGAUGGUAUCUGCUCCUUACUCCAUCGCAGUGUAUUCCUUUCGCGGUCUGACGACGGCGGAAUUGCUGCACAGCAGCCACGACACGGUCUUGUGGGCGGCCACAUGCACGUUAGCCCUAUUGGCGGGAAUCGGCGGCAUCGUUUUGUCCGCUCAAAUGGCCCCCUACAUCGACAACCUCGGUCUACGCUUUACGUACCGACGAUCUUGCUACGCCGGGAGCAUCUUGGUUGCUCUGAGUGCAAUGCUGUCGACUCUCGAGAUCACCACGUCGCUGGUGUGGGCCCGCAACUACAACGUGCACUACAUUUUCUACACCCUAGCGGCACAGUACUUUUUCUUUUUCAACUUGGUCGUGCCGCUGCGUCAGCUGGCCUCGUUCCAGCGGCUGCUCUUUGGUCGAUAUGUGGCUUCCACUCGUGCAGCGUCCUCGUCGGCCUCCCAGUCACGCAAGGCGACUGUACCCGCCGCGCAAACCGACGAACUCGAACAGUACUUGCACUCGCCUCAUGGCACGGCCUCGUUUUUCGAGUUUUGCCAGCGGGAUUUUCGAACCGAGGAGAUUCGAGCAUGGCAACUGGUCGAGCAGUUUAAACACGGCAAUGUGACGGAACACAAGGUGCUUUCGACGUGCUUGUUACCGCAGUGCCCGCUUGCUUGCCCGACCUCCAUCGAGUGGGGGCCGUUGUACGUGAAACGCGUCAACAGCUGGAUGCAUCGAGACACAGACAUUGUCGGCACGGACUUACCGCGGACCUUUUUUGACGAGUUCCAGGUGGCGCUCUUGAGUGCACUGUGCGAAGAUGUGUGGCUGCGCUUCAAGGAGCAAUCGAUGGAGUGGAAAGACCACAAUCGCCGACGAAAGAGCUUGGAAGGGAUGGACACAGUGUUGCGAAUGGUCGUCAAGCAAGCACCGCCAGAAGUUGUGUCACCAACGCCAGCUGCCGACAAUGACCUGUUGGAAUCGUUGGAUGAUGAAUUGGCGUCGAUGGUUCAUCAUUGAAAGAGAGUACCCCUUGGACGUCACUGCACUGAUGGUUGCGCAAACCUUCCUCGAACGACCUUGGCCUACUCGUUUCGUAUGUCGUCUGCGUGAGCCGACAUGCCGCUUGCCAAGCGAGAGAAUGUGAAGCUAUCGACUCGCGACGAUGAAAUCUAUGAAAGUACCUGCUAUGCUAAUGGCAGUGGCCAGCUAACAGAAAAGUGUCCUUGGCGCUCCUUUCGUUCGCGACGACCCCGCUGGACUGGACAUCGUUUGUAUCCCGGCUUUCCGCAAGUACAUGCGUGGAUGCUGUACUGACAAAAUCUCUGCACAAUGAAAACGCUGUCAAGUGCAUCCAUUCGAGUGCACCGCUACUAUGUCUCCCCUCCAUGCGUCCCAGCAAUCAUAACAUGAAUAUAGCGUUG